CAGUCGUCACUCCCAAGUCCCAACUCCCAAGUGUAGCCUGGCUGGCUAGGAACGGUAUAUAUAGGAAUGGCGCCUCGCGUAUCUUAGUCACCAAGCACAGCAAUCAGUUCUAAGUUGUAGCAGCGGGAUCGAUCAAGUCGCAAGAGACGCUAGCUACUUGUCCGUCGUCAUCAACAGCAAGCGAGAAGGGUUAGUCGAUCGCCGACCAUCGUCAGUGCUUUAAUUCUUGUCACGUCAGGGCGGGGAAUAAUGGAGCACGAGCAGGCGUUGCCUCAGGUGUCGUCCGGGGCCUGCACCUGCAGCGACAACUCGAGCUCGAUCACCUCCCUCAACGCGGCGUCGCCGAGCUCCAGCGACGACUCCGGCAGCCCCGGCGGCGGCGGCGGCGGCAAUAGGGGCACGAAGCGGCCGCGCAGGGACCUGAAGCACCCGACGUACCGCGGCGUGCGCAUGCGGGCGUGGGGCAAGUGGGUGUCGGAGAUCCGGGAGCCCCGCAAGAAGUCGCGCAUCUGGCUCGGCACCUUCGACAACCCGGAGAUGGCGGCGCGCGCGCACGACGCCGCCGCGGUCGCCGUCAAGGGCCGCGCCGCGCACCUCAACUUCCCGGAGCUCGCGCACGAGCUGCCCCGCGCCGCGUCCGCGGCGCCCAAGGACGUGCAGGCCGCCGCCGCGCUCGCCGCGGCCACGCUGCAGGCUGCUGCUGCUGCUUCGCCCGUCGUCCUGUCCUUCGACAACUCCGACGCGGCGGUUGCUGGCACGGCGCCCGAUCAGGCGGUCGAGCAAUACGAGCAAGCGGCGGCGCCGGACUUGGCCUUUCUCGACGUGCCGGAUUUUCCUCUGGACUUCGGGUACAUGCUGUCGCCGCUGCCUCCGUCCUACUGUGGCUCGCCGUGGGAUGACAUCGCCGACGAGCUCUGCUUCGAGGAGCCCUUGCUGCUCUGGGAGCAUUGAAGUACGAUCCAAGACCAAGAGUAGUAGCUUGGCCGCCAACUCCGUGCAUGCACGAGAUUCUUUUGUUUUUGUUUUCUUCCUUUUUUCUUCCUUUGGUCAAUUCGUAACUAACAAUGUCGUCAUCACUGCGAUGCAUGCAUGCUAACAAGUGUGCAACGUAGCUGUAGCUAGACUGAAUCAUAUAUAGUUUAAAAUUUUGAUUCCGUUGCAGGUCAAUAAGAUUCAUAUCUGUCAUA